CACAUGUCAUUCAACAUAAGACCGUUGCUGCGUGCCUGCUUUGUUGACAUCCGGUUAUCAUACACAACUUUUUCGACUUUCCCGGCUGAAACAUUCAUUUAAAUGGCUUCAAGUUACCGAAAACCAACCUCUUCGUCUGGUCCACGGAAAAAGGCAGUUCCCAAAAUGGAACUGAACGAGGAGCAAAAGCAAGAAAUUAAAGAAGCUUUCGACCUCUUCGACACAGAUGGCACUGGAACAAUAGAUGUGAAAGAGCUGAAGGUUGCCAUGAGAGCGCUGGGCUUUGAACCAAAGAAAGAAGAGAUCAAGACCAUGAUCGCAGACAUUGAUAAAGAGGGCUCUGGAACAAUUGACUUCAAUGACUUUCUCACUAUGAUGACAGUAAAAAUGAAUGAAAAAGACUCCAAAGAAGAAAUUUUGAAGGCUUUCCGGCUGUUUGACGACGACGGCACAGGAAAAAUCUCAUUCAAAAAUCUCAAGAGAGUUGCCAAAGAGCUGGGUGAAAACCUCACAGAUGAGGAAUUACAGGAAAUGAUCGACGAGGCAGACCAGGAUGGUGACGGUGAGAUCAACGAGAUGGAUUUCAUGAAGAUAAUGAAGAAGACCAAUCUUUACUGAGCGUCUUACGGCCUUCCUCUGAGAUUCACUUUUGAGUCUAAAACACUUUUUACAGAAGCUCUUUUUAUCGGGACAGAUUUGUGUAGUUUGUGAAUAAAUAUUUUAACAUACUG